GUUUGCAUCUUCCAGGACUCUGCUACUGCCCCACGCCUGACCGUAUAGAGGAAGAGCUGGCUGUACUCUGCUGGGGGAUUCGUGGGAAAUCAUCUCUGCGGAAAUGGCCCUGUUGAAGAGCGGUUGGCUUUGGAGACAGAGUUCUAUUCUGCGACGCUGGAAAAGGAACUGGUUCGUCCUAUGGAUAGACGGAAGCCUGGUCUAUUACCAGGACGACUCUGGAUGCGACAUGGAAGGCCGCAUCAACAUCAAAUUCAACUGCCGGGACGUCAGGACAGGGCGCGAGUGCCGAGAUAUUCAGCCUCCCGAAGGAAAGACUCGCGAGUGCUUGAUGUGCAUAGUGCAGAGAGACGGCUCCAAAACCAUGCUCUGUGCCGAGAGCGAGGAUGACGCUGUGUAAGUCAUGGGUGAUGG